CAGGGGGUGACGAGGUCCACGCUUCGCAUGGGGCCUGAGACGCAGCCUCUCCCCUCGCAGGGCAACCUGCCGCCCGACUACCACAUCAGCCUCAUCGACAUCGGCCUGGUGCUGGAGUACCUCAUGGGGGGCGCCUACCGCUGCCACUACACCCGCAAGAGCUUCCGGACCCUGUACAACAACCUGUUCGGGCCCAAGCGGCCGAAAGCUCUUAAACUCCUGGGAAUGGAAGUAAGUCGGUUUGUGUUCAACCGUUCGCGACAGUUCGGUCAAAUGCGUGUGCCACCUUCGUUUUGUGUUGUUUAACAUAAAAUUGAACGAGUUUGUUUUCUUUCUAUUUUUGUUUAAAUUUACUGAUUUCCGAGAGGAAGGGAGA